GAGGAAAAGAGGCGUGAUGACUCGAUUGAAGCAUCAAAAGACAUUCGAACCGAGGAAAUUUCAUCAGUACUUUUUGGGGAAAGGGUUUUUGUUUAUGGUGGUGUCGUGGCAGAAGAACCUGAAAGUCAAUGUUCUUCAUCCGUUUCUGACUAUGGGUGGGCCUCCUGCGAUAGAUCAUGGGGAAAGGUCCCAACCGUGAUUGGUACAACUUUGCUAAAGCAGCAUCCAAAGAGCCUACAAAAGAAAAUGUUCUACCGGGCACUUCUUCACAGAAGAGUCCAGUUAUAGUCAUUGAUGAGCGGCCACCCUCGCCAGAACAGACUUUGAAGAGAAAGAGGAAGCCCGAGAGGUUAGCGGAGAACCUGAAAGCGUCUUAGAAGGGGAAAAGUACUGCGAUGCUGACGGAUCCAGAAGCUAACCGAUCCUUGUCGGGAGGAAUGUAGGACCCUGGUUUUACCCUUAGUCACAAAAUCGAGUUUAACUUCGAUGUUGCCGAGCAAAAAGUCAUGUCUGAGACCAGUGAGCAAACCAUGGCUGAGAUCUGUCUAGAGUUGUUAUUGCGAGGUUCGACGACUGCUUAUAAUAUGGUUUAUGCCUCUAACCGGGGGCAGCUGAGGACCGAAGUGGAUCGUUUAAAGAAGGAAUUGGAAGAGGUAAUGGCUUCCCAUAGCCAAUGUGCUCAGAUGAUGGCUGACAACCAUGUGCUGAUGGAGAACUUAAAAAAGGCAGGUUUGGACUUGAGAAAUUCAAGGGAUAGUCUGGCUGUAGAUUUAAAAAUUGCCAAGGAGACUAUUGUGAACUUGACGACGAAUAGGGAUGAUCUUCGACAGACGGUUGUCAAUCUGAAGAAAGCUGCAGAUGAGGAAGCAGAAACUCGAGCUGAGAUGCUGAAGGCUAUUGUUGCGGAGCACACAGGGUUUUCGGAAGGCAUUGCACCAAAUGUCUUUUCUUGCAAAGGUGUCCCCUGAAGGUCUGGGGUUUGAUGUUGACCAAGAUGUGUACUGAGAUCAGAUGGUUCCCCUUGAUGACAUUCCAGAAGGUACUUUCACUGCAGAUGGUAAGUUGGCGGAACCGAAAGAGGUUGCUGUGGUGACGACUGCAGAUGUUGGUGUGGUGACAACCGCUGAUGUUAUUGUUGAGGAGGUGCCGACUUCAGAUGCAUAAAUUUUUUUUGUUUUUGCUUCUAAGACUUCGUUGUUGAACUUUUCUUGAUGUUGAUUUCUUGCUAGUUUUGCGUGUUUUGCUUUAUUAGGUACUUUGAUAGAAAGUCAUUUAGGCGACUUUA